GGGCCAACAUCAUAAACAAGUCUGCAAAAAAUCAGAACCACCGGAUUUGAUGCAAAUUAAGUUACUGUAUUAAUGUAUUUAUCCAUAUUUAAGUAGGUAGAGUCAGACCAAGCUAAGUUGGCAGCGCUUUUGAUAGCCCAGGCGGGGAACGUGUUAUUUUAAACGUCAAACUUCUAUGAAAUAAUAACGAUUACUUAACACUUAUUAUUAUUACGUAUUUAGUCAAUACAUAGUUGUUCUAGCCUUAUCUGCACCGCAGCGUAAUCUGAGAAUAGGCUAGCUAGGCUGUAUACCAAUCAAGGGUAGGUAGAUCUAUGCAUUUGCCGGAGGAACUUCAAGUAACACUUAUGUAAACUUAUCUUUGGACACUAUCAUCAUAGCUAAUAACUAAGCACAAAAGUGUCAAAAACAAAAAUGUCAUAAUUACAAUUUUAUUACACAGUCGUUUGAGAUAAAUAAGUCACAACCUCACCACCAGAAAUUAGGCUCUAUUAUCCUUAAAUUCCAGUAACAGAAUGCGAUACCUAAAACGUUUGUUUUUCUACGUAUAUCUUUAGGUGCAGUGAGUCAUAGUUUUGUUUACAACAGUUAUAUUGAAUUCGUUAUACAUAUAUACAUGACCUUCGGCCACUAGCACUAAAAGUUGGAAUUCAUGAAAUUUAAAAUUAAUUUAAAGUAAAUUUUACCCUAAUUCUGAUAACUUCAGGAAUACAAGACUAAGAAUUUAAAUGGAAUAUCAGCUACAACCCUCUGUUUCAUAGUGGGUAAAGACCCCGCCCAUCCUGUCCUCGACAGAGACACCCACUUGGGGGUGGCGGCGCGCCGCCCCUCUAAUCUCAACCAAAAAUAAAACUUUGCACACGGGAGUAAGGACUCAGAUGCUUUUAGCAGAUUCGCUACCCCUUGUUUGUCGGAUAAAUAUGAUGGUCACCCCUGGUACUAUAAAAUUAAUUGAGUCGAUUCGCAAAAUCUCAUACCGUUUAACGCUGGCCGCGGAAACAUUGGUGUGUUCGUACGUUAUCAGUGGCAUUGUCAUUUUGUGUUAAAGUAGGUAUGUCAGGAGCCAGGACGCAGAUUGCAGAUUCAUCAACUUCGCCGCCCUUAAGCGACAGUCGGCGGGUGGAGUACACAGGCAUGAAGUUCUCAUACGCGGACGGCUCUGACGACGAGGCUCCGCUGAACGCCGAGCUGCCGUCGUGCGUGUACGCCGCAGCGCGGAGCCGCCUGCAGCUCCCGCUGGCCGCCUACGUGCACCAGCACACCAGACAGCUGCACUCAGAAGUCCUACUGGAGGCGUCGACAGAGCCCGAGUACCAGUGCGGCGGCUCCCCGUACCGCGUGCAGCGCGCUGCGGCCAACGUCCGCGAGCGCCGACGGAUGCUGAGGUCCGGCCCCAAUGGCAGUAUAAACUCGGCGUUCGACGAGCUGCGCGUGCACGUGCCGACGUUCCCCUACGAGAAGCGGCUUAGCAAAAUCGACACACUGCGCCUCGCCAUCGCAUACAUCGCUCUACUCAGGGAGGUCUUGGACGCGGAUUAUGACCCAUUAACAUACGUGGAGAAAUGUUUGAGAGGAGAAAUCAAAGCAGACAGAGCGCAUUGGAAUACAAGUGACCUGACGGCCCGGCUGUCGUGGAUCAACUGGGAGAACCUGGGUGUCAAUCCGCAGCGCCGCAGCGUACUGACGUCGCUGGCUCUGGGCUCGGACAACCUGCAGUAUUCACAUAACUAAUAAAGCUUUCCACUGAUGUAUCUUGGAUAACAUACUUUCAUUGUGGGAACAAUAAAAAUUGCUGUGAGGUGUAAUGUAGUGCAACCGUGCUAUUCACAAAAUGAUCGGGCGUGGAAACUAAGAUCCUGUAGUGCACAAAUCAGCCAAAUGUGUUUACAUAAUAAGCAAAAUGAGAAAUGAAGCUUCAUAUCAAUUACUUACACUGUUUAGAGGCAGUAUAUUUGCAAAAUGUUCCCUAUACAAAAGAAUAAUGAGAAACCCGUCUUUAGAUUAAGUCACUUCUAGUCACUAGUGCAAUCACGCAUAAAUUACCCUUACUUACUUAAAAUUUCAAAGUCGCGUACACUAUGUAGGUAUAUAAAAGCGUAAUGUACACAGUAGACAAAACGUAUGAAGUCUUUGAUUUUAGAAAUGGUCUUAAAGAUUUUACUGUACAUUGGUAUGCUAUGUUAAUGGGUUUAUGGUACACAGCUAAUGCCGUUGGAAAAGAAUCAUGUAAAACAUGGUAUAAGUACCUAAACUACUAUGCAUAUUUAUAAUUUACAAAAUAAUAAUUAAUAUUGUAAUGUUAGGCAAUAGUUAACACGCUGAUCUGCUUUCUGUAACUAAGCAAUAUUAUUAAUAUGGUGUUUUGAUUUUAACUACGUACCUACCAUGCGCGUAAAUGUAAUCAGUGAAGUUAAAUAUACUUAUUUACAGGAUGCAUUUACGAACAAGAAAAUGUUACAACAAAAAGUAUUUUAUAUACAUGUUACCAAAGGUAUAAAAAUAUAUCCCUUAAUCAUUGUUUAUAACCAUUAUAAAUACACGCAUUUUUGUACAUUUGUAGAGUAGGUAGAUAUAAUUUUAGAAUUAAGAUGUAGGUACAGUCGCCAUCAGAUAGAUUGGAGCGUCCGAGGUGCUCAAAUAUAUCUUCACACGCACUCUAACGCCUUAUUUAGUUUACUGAUAACCAAAAAUAUACAUUCAAUGGUAUAUGACCUACAAUAACUGCAACAAAAUACAUAUAUAUUCUAUAAUAUAUAUUACAUAAUAUAUACAAAAACUACAACAUCCUCCACACAUCCUUUAAAUUAAGUUUCUUCCGAAGGCCAUAACUUUUUUUGAAUUCGCCUUUACUACAGACUAUUAUCAUUAUUAACGGGAAAGUUGGAAGGAAAUUUGUAUUUGUUGUUUGCGAGGUACGAUAUCGUCGGCAACAUCGUCUGAUGAUGUUGUCGCUAGAACUCAGUUAUAAAAAAACUACAAUUUUCAACACACUUGCUCAAAACGACGUUUUUAUUCCGAUUUUUGGCUCAUAAUCCUAGAAUUCAAACACGCGUGCUUAUUCAGUAUAUUAUGAGCUUAUAAUAUAAUGAAAAAGCACGAGUGCUAUAAAUUAUAACAUUAUAUUAUAAAAUAAAAAAAAAUAACGCGCCAGCCAUUUUCCGUAUUUGUCAUAAAAUUGAAAUAGUUUGCAUGUUUUUAGUUUAUACAUACAUUGACGAAAAUGUAAUUUUCAAGCAUUGUCAUUUUCAAAAAUUGAUGCUGCCAGUAAUAGAAAAUCAGCAAAAACGCCCAGUCUUAUUUGGAAAACGUGUUGGUAGCUUCAAUUAACUGGCGAAUAAGUGCCUACAAGCCCAGCACGCUUUAGUGCAAUUAUUCGAUGUUAAAACUGUAAGCCACCAUUUUGAAAAUUGUACUUUUACUAUUUCGACAAAAAAAUGUAAUUUAUAAGUUUUUUCCUCGCAAGUGUGUUGAAAAACGUCGUAUAAAACGCGUGUGUAUUGGUCAUUACCCACAUCGGCUUUCUUAUUGCGCGCUCGCUUAAAGCUCGCGCGCACAAUAUCGCCUCGUGUGUAAUGACCAACUUAGCACACUUGUAUCAUAAUGUACUAUCCAUAUUACAUAUAUAUGUAUAUAUGUAGGUAAUCCAGGGGGUCGCGCAACUCCCGCGCAGUUUAGGUAGCUCUGCAUGGCUCAGGGUAGUCGCUGAUAUACACCGUGUUUUUUUUAUUUGCGUUAAUUUCGAGGGUGCAUUCCUGAGCUUAAAUUAAAUAACUUUCUCAAAGAUACCGAUAUUCUAACUAACUCCAUUUCGGAGAUAAUCAAUCAUAAUUUUUUAUAUCAUAAGGCCCUUACGAGCGUGUACACUUGCCUUAGGGCCUGUUUACUUAUUGAUUAGUGUUUAGUGCGAGUUCAUACAUUUGCUACUAAACGUACGUACUAUCUCGGACGAUCGAUGUUAGAAAUGACAUUGAUAUAUCACAGUUUUCAAUUGUUUGGUCGAGUUAAAUGUAAUGCCCGUGUUACAACAACGCUAUAUGCAACAUUUAGUUACUUUUUAUAAAAAUAGUAAAACAAAACAAAAAAAAAUUUUUUUUUGAAAAUUAACUAUGCCAUUUAGUUUCCUUAAACGUACUUACCGAAACCCCGGAGUUAACGCAAUUCAAUAAAAACACGGUGUAUAUUAUAGAAAUAAGGAUACUAGCAAGUAAUUAAGUAGAUGUAACAGAACGUAUUCAUGAUGGCCGGUAUCAUCAUCGUUCGUCUCAUUCGUUUUUAGUUUAUUUCUUAUGUGAUCAUGACUCGUUCUUUACUCUUCUUGUUCGGUAUCCAUCAGUAUCCUCCUAUUACUAUUUCUAGGACUACUUAUUCUGUAACUAGCCUCUCUCUUAAUAAGUCUUAUUCAUUUAUCGUCACGGUAUCUCAAGUCACAUUCGUCGCUUGUCUCAUUUGUUUUUUUUUUUUCAACCCAUAUAUUUAUUCGCCAAACAAUGUUUAACACGUUCGGUGCUGGUCACAUUCGUAAUUCUCGUCUCUUUUUGGUUGCAUUCUGUGUUCGUCACGUUAAUGUUUCGUCUCAUUCGCUAUCUGUGACUACCGUUUCUUUCACAUCACUCUUAUAUUAUCAUGAACCUAUUGCAAAUAGCAUUUACAAUACCUAUUUAAUACCAUGUUCAUAUAUAGUAUAAUGAAAGGAACAAGUAGAAAAUGAACUAGAAGAAUUCUAAAUAAGGGUAAAAAAUGAGAGUGACGAAAACGUAUGUGACUAAAGAUACAAAAAACGACGUAUAAAAAAACGAAUAUUUAAAACAUAUUAGGAGAAAGACGACUAACAGAAUUUGUCGAAAAAAUAUAAUGCUACCUGCGUAGACACACUGGCAACAUCCCACCUCCAACGGACUAAUGUAAACAAAACGUAACAAAUAUAAGAGCACCAUUUUGUACCAUUUGGCGUUGAAACUAAAUCCAUGGGGUCCCAGCGCGCACAAGUUUUUUGGAGAAAUCACGAAACGUCUGGUUGACGUAACUGGUGACCGAAGAGCCGGCGGCUUCCUCGCACAACAAAUCAGUAUUGCGAUACAAUGAGGAAAUGCCGCCAAAAUCCUUGGUAUAAUGCCUCAAGGGCCUAUUUUAGAUAUAAGCUAGUAAUAGUAAUCCUCUGUAUAUAUCCAUUAUGUAUAUUGUUAUUGUAAAUUUGCUCUGCGUACUGACAUGCUGGAAUGGAAGCGAAAUCGUUGCGUGCUCGCGGCGAUAUCGUUGCGCACUCGCGGCGAACUCGUGGCAAACUCGCUGCGCUCGCUUCGCUUUCAACUGGCUCACAAAUCGCAAGUGUGAUAAGGCCCUAAUAAGAGGAGCGACGAUGAUACCCCUGUGUUAAAUGCCAGGUCUUCUAACAUCUUGACCGUUAAGGAUGGGUGUUAUAUUAUGUAGGUAUGUAUGUUGGUAUUUAAUUUAGGUACAUUCCACGAAUUUGAAUUCUAGGUCAAGUUUAUCUUUGUAUUUACAUUACUUACUCGUAUAUUAUAUGCAUACCCUCAUGGCAUUACAUUUAUAUUGUAAUUAUGACCGGAUCAAAAUGGUCCAAUAAUCAAAUCGUUAAAUGUACCGAAUUAAAACUUUUAGAAGGUAAAUCGAUGUAAUAAUUAUAUUCAGUGGACAAACCUACAUGUAAACAGUGCAAUAUUAAUUUAUUAUAAAUAUUAGUGAAUGUAAACACGGACAGUUGAUAUGUAAUGUAAAUAUUAAUACUUUAUGAUUAUUAAAAAAUAAAUUCCUUUAAUUUA